AUACAGAUAAAUUAAAACCUGCACAAGGUAACUGUUAGCAGCAAUUCAGUUUUGGAUGAAGUAAGCAGCGUAGGGUUAUCCGGACUGGUGAAGUGGUCACAAUAAAGAAAUACAUCUGCAGCUGGAAGUACACAUUUAUAAGUACCUUAGUUUUGAAAUACAUACACUCAAUAAAAAUGAAAAUGCACUGCAAGAUCAGGAAGCCAGAAAGCAAAUAAAAUAAAUAUUUAUAUUUUAAAGAAGCACCACCGAAUUUUCCCAUCAGUUUUCAGAUGACCUGCUGCGUGAUUUCUUAACGUUUGCGGUCUGGCAGCAGAAAUACCUUCGCCUAUUUAAGGCUGGCAACCGACCGCGCUGCAGCGAAGCGUCUCUGCACACGCACCCUGGGGAGCGCUGAGGCCGCGGGGCCGGCUCCGGGCCGCCUCUCUGGGGCAGCAGCAAUUAACAACGGCAGAGUGAAGAAUUUGCCACGUUGUGACUGAAGGUAUAAGAAAAAAAACCCUACAGGGAGAUCAAAUCGGCAGCAUAUCUUCCACGUUUGUUAACAGCCUACCAUUGCAUGGCUUUGGGAGAACCUUGGUUACGCAUUCUGAAGAACAGAUACCAUCACGAGUACGUAACUGUGUUGCCUAAAAUUUGAUACCAGCUGUAGAGUAGAUGGCUCAGCUUCCUCCUGGGAUUCGCUUCAUCACUUCAUUUUCACGAGAUCAGUGGUAUAGAGCCUUCAUUUUCUCUCUCACUUUCUUGUUGUAUGCCAGCUUCCAUUUGUCAAGGAAACCUAUUAGUAUAGUUAAGGGAGAGCUGCAUAAGCAUUGCGCUGCUUCACAUGAAGUUGAACUCAGCUCCUACAAAGAAUAUGCUGUCCAGAUUCAGCCUGUCAGAAAGCCAUCUAAUGUAUCUCAAUGUGGUUGGGAGCCAUUUGAUAAGAACAACUACAAGCAGUUACUGGGAGCACUGGAUUACUCAUUUCUGUGUGCAUAUGCGAUUGGAAUGUAUUUAAGUGGAAUAAUAGGAGAACGGCUACCUAUCCGGUACUAUUUGACAGUUGGGAUGCUUGCUAGCGGAUUCUUCACUGCAAUGUUUGGAUUGGGUUAUUUCUAUAAUAUACAUAAUCUGUGGUUUUACAUAAUGGCCCAGAUAGCUAAUGGGUUGGUGCAAACUACUGGCUGGCCGAGUGUCGUUACAUGUAUUGGCAACUGGUUUGGAAAAGGAAGGAGAGGCUUGAUCAUGGGAAUCUGGAAUUCUCACACUUCAGUUGGAAAUAUUUUAGGAUCCUUAAUUGCUGCUUAUUGGGUGUCUACAUGCUGGGGUCUCUCCUUCGUGAUGCCUGGUGUUAUCAUUGCUGUGAUGGGGAUUGUUUGUUUCCUCUUUCUUAUUGAACAUCCUAAAGAUAUAAGUUGCUCCUGCACACCAUCCAGUAGUUCUAAAACAUUUGUGAAUGGUGCAUCUCGCUUCAGAGUCCAGAUGCCAACCUUAAAUGCUAAGGAAACCAGCAAACCUCAGGAUCCAGAGAUGCAGCAUUUGCUUACUGACAGUGAAAAUUGCGGUGUGUCACUGAACUCCAGCACUGGGGGCACUGGGGAAGGCAGACAUGGGACAUCAGCUAUCAGCUUCCUUGGGGCCUUGCGGAUACCUGGAGUCAUAGAGUUCUCCCUUUGCCUUCUGUUUGCAAAACUGGUGAGCUAUACUUUCCUCUUCUGGCUUCCCCUCUAUAUCACAAAUGUAGAGCAUCUUGAUGCCAAAAGAGCUGGGGACCUUUCUACACUAUUUGAUGUGGGUGGAAUCAUUGGUGGAAUUUUGGCAGGCCUGAUUUCAGACAGGCUGGAGAAGAGGGCAUCAACCUGCGGAAUGAUGUUAUUGCUUGCAGCACCCACAUUGUACAUGUUCUCUGCAGUCAGUAAAAUGGGCCUUGAGGCUACUGUAGUGAUGCUGCUUAUCAGUGGUGCCCUGGUGAAUGGCCCUUAUGCGCUGAUCACCACUGCUGUCUCUGCUGACUUGGGUACCCAUAAAAGCCUGAAAGGGAAUGCAAGAGCCUUGUCCACGGUGACAGCGAUCAUCGACGGAACAGGAUCUGUAGGUGCAGCUUUGGGGCCUCUCUUAGCUGGUCUUAUUUCCCCAUCUGGUUGGAACAACGUGUUUUACAUGCUCAUGGUGGCAGAUGCAUGUGCCUUGCUAUUUUUACUCCGUCUUAUUCAGAAGGAACUUCGGUGUAAUGCAGAUCAUAGCCUGUUUAAAGAACACUAAGCAACAAGACCAGAUUUGGAAUAAGGGCUGCAUCAGUGAUCAAAGCUUUUCCCUGAAAAACAAACUUCAUGGAAUAUAUUACUCUUAAAUAUAGAGAUUCAGUUUGGUGAAGAACUUUGCACAUUUACUGGAAGCAACGUGAGAAGUGCAACUGGUAAAUCCCUGAAGCUCUUAUUUUUGCACAUGAAUAAGUACCUCAGGAUUGCAACUAUUCAUCAGAUGAAGAGAAAAGAACUGUGGGAAGGUUUUAGCAGCAUGCCUCAACUGAGCCAAAGAGAAAUACCAAGUGCCUUUUUAUUUCUUUUGAUAGGAUGUUUCUAAUUAAAAUGCCGAACUGUGUGCUUUCCAAAACCAAGUCAAAACCAGAGCAGAAGGAAGUCAAAACAACAUAGCAGUGAAAUAUCCCAGUGUCAGUGAGCAAAGUGUAUGUGUCCCUUAGGUCAUCUUGUGCACAUCAAGGGCGUCACUGCAUAGAGGACAAUACCAGCUGUUUAUUAAGAUGCACUGCUAUUAGUAUUUUGAAACUGCUCAGACAAUAACAACCUCACCAUAUUAUUAGGUUUUAACUACAGUACUACUUCUAAUCCCAGCGACAACAUCCAGCCUGUUGGUAGGUAAUGAAGUGGAAUUUACUGUUGCAGUGUACUGCAGUUAGCAGUUUUCACAGACUCUCUGGAUGGAUGUUAGUCCUCAAUUAGGAUAGUGCAAAAAGGAGUCCCUAAACAAUGAAAAGUAGAUUGCGUCAGACCGGGGGGGGGGGGGUGGGUUCUGGUGAUUUUCAGGGCAUUAUAAAACUGGUUGUGCAAACGCCGCAUAAUUGUGCUGCUCUGCUAGGCUGGGUUGAAGUGAGAGGUGGUCCCUUUGGGGUGGCAGAGAACUGUGAGCUGACACACUUUAGCGCAACGGGAUUGAACAGACGAGCUGCUCUAGCGCCUGCUGCCACAGCAAUCUCUGUUGGGUAUUCCCUGAUGUCAGUGCUGGUGUGUGCAAGUGGAAGUCAUGGUCAAAUCAGGGCCUUAAUAACCAGAGAGCUCUUUCAAGUGGCUAAUUUUAAGUGGAUCUGAAUUUCAGAUUUGGAACAAAAAUAUCAGAAAGCAAAAAUGUCGUAGGUGGUAUGUUGUUGGUACAUUUCAGUAACUAGUGUUACCCAGCAAGUAGAUGGUUUAAUGUCUUCAUAUAAUUUCUUUGUACAGCUAUCUCCUUUGCAAAACAGAUGUUUCCGUAAUUCUUUUUUUGAAAGAUGUACAAAGUAAAAAGGACUUUUUUUUGUAUGAGGUGUUUAUAUUUAGAUCACAAAGGACAGAUAAUUUAAACUGCGUAUUAUUUUUAACGGUAUUUAUUAAAGCUCUAGGCAUAUGUCUUGUUCUGAACUGUACUCUAAGUUUUGUGAAACAUUGCAGUAGUCUUUACACUUGAUUAACAAAAUCUAAAAUAGUCCUGCAGAACGUGGAGAAAUGUCUCAUCAGCUGCUGGUGUUGUGUUCCAUGUGCUGGCACAACACUGAAUUUCCAGGGCUGUUUUGCAGUUGUUCAGUCUUUGAUGAAUUAUUUCACUGGUUUGAGUCAACAUGUGCUUUAUGCUUGACUUGAGCAGUAUAAGAAUGUGUUCAUUUUUAACUUUUGCUAAACAGAGAUAUAGGGAAGACCUCAGUCCCACAAAGACUUAAGGAAGGUACCACAUCCUUGCAAAUGUGUAUGCUCUACGUAGGCCCUCACCCUGCAGUUACCAAGUUGAAGGGUUAACUUCACACGUUUUGAGUAAACCUGUUGAGACCGGUGGGGAUACCCAACAUGUGAAUUCAUAAAUCUGUGCUGCGUAUGGGCUUUAAAGGCUGUAGUUAAUUGUGGCAGAAUUCUGCAGCAAUGUUACUUGAAAAGACUUCCCUCCUGGUGGCGUGGCACGCUGCCCCUCGCUCAGCCAGGCUGCCCUGGGGGGCUGUUAGCCAGACCAGGGGACUCACCUAGCCCCUCGGGGGAAAAAUCACACUUCGACCCCAAAGCAGCUGUCCUGGCACAACUUCAGUGGCUGUGUGAGGAGGGAGGGAUGGAGGACUUCUUUAGUUGAAGAUGCCAGUCCUUUCCACUAAUAAAGGUAUGUUGAGCCAUAUACUAGUUUAUCGAAACGAUUUAUACUCUGCUGCACCCGGAUUUUGAGAGGCUGUUCCCUGUGGGCUGAAGUGUUAGGUUAAAAUGCUUUCAGUUGCAUUUAACAGUUACAGGUUUUGGGUUUUACAUGUUUUACUUGUUGGGGCUGCUGCUGUUAUUUAUUUAUUUAUUUGAAUAGCAUUUGCACUGCAGUGACUCGGGUGUAGGAUGACAACAACGUUGAAGGUGCUGGGCUGAAUCCUUCCUUCCAUUGACUGUAGGCAGGAAUUAGGACUCUGUGUGCUGAUGUCCCCUUCCUUGCUAAUGUGCAGCAUUUCAGUUCUUCCCAGCUACAAAUUUGUUGGACAGAAAGAUAAAAUACUUGGUUUUCUUUCUUAACAACCCUAAAGGUCCCCCAAGUUGUGAAUAAACUGUGUUUUUUUUCGUAUCCGGUGUCCAUAUCCAUUAAUCUGAAAAUGAGCAAGACUGACAAAUUUUUGUAUGUAGGAAUGUGAGUCACCAGUAGGUAGAGCCAAAUUUAAAUAUGACUGCAGGGUUUGUUUGUUUUUUAAUGCUGGUUAUUGUGAAUUUUAUCCAUUUACUGUCCUGUGUUGAAUAAAAAUAAAUUCUUCUUUAAGAUGA